AUGUGGCAGAGACGUAUUUCCCUACUGCUUAUUUUACUCUGCUACUCUAUAGCGCAAGAAGAACAUAGUGAAAACCAGACACCGAGCCGAUUUCAGGUAAUAACAUUUCGAUGGGAAGCCAACGAAACCCCGUAUAUGAUAACCACAUGGCUGCUUCUAGCAGCUUUGGCGAAAAUUUUAUUCCACAUAUUCAAACCGCUUUCCCUCCUGCCGGAUUCCACACUUCUAAUCACAGUGGGACUUUUGCUUGGAUUGAUUCUUAAGCAAUCAGGAGCACAUAUCACCUACUCUCUGGAUUCUCAUGUGUUUUUCCUUUACCUUUUACCGCCUAUUAUUUUCGAUGCAGGCUACUUUAUGCCUAAUAGGGCACUAUUCGAAAACUUCGAGUCUGUGCUUCUCUUCGCUGUAGUCGGAACUAUCUGGAAUUGCAUAGCAAUCGGUGAAUUAUUUGAAGGAUGUUCACUACUUCUUCUCUCAAAUUAUGGAUUUUUUUCAAUGGCCUUCACUACGACAGAAAUAUUCCGGUGGAUCCUGUUAGUUGCAACUCGUCGGAUAGGAAAAAUCGAGCAACUCACAUUGAAAAUUCAGGUGGCAGUUAUUGCCGUUUUCGAGGAAAUCAACGUCAACGAGUUCAUCUUCGUCAACGUUUUCGGUGAAGCACUUUUCAACGAUGGCGUCACUGUGGUAUGUACUGUCCACAUUUGUUCACUAGGCAAAUCAUAUUUAUACAUAGGAACCAUACCGAUAAAUGCUAAAUAAAA